AGAGACUGCUGUAAAGUUUUAUAGCUGGUUGUGCUCUUUUUCGGAGUGGUGCUAAUCCAGUUCCUGAGGAAGAGAAGAAGAACAAAAGAGGAGGAGGAGAAGAGAGGAUGGUCAGUGUGUCAGAGAGCUACAGAACUGGAUAACUGUACACAAACUGAAGAAGUGACAGCAGACCAGAGCACCUCUCUCACUCUCUCUCUCUCUCUCUCUGAGUGUUGGAUUUUGGGAGCAGUAAUUCGAUCUUGAGGCUUUGUUUUCAUUUUAAAGUUGUGUUGUGUCAGAGAGAGAGAGAAGAAGAAGAAGGAGGAGGAGGAGGAGAAGACUGAAGUUCAGGAGAAGUUUGACUCACUGCUGUCUUGUUUUGGUGAAACUCCAGGAAAGUCAGAAGUUCAGUAGACGUUUCCUCCACCGACUGCUCGUGUCAGAAGACCAAAGAAUCUUCUUGAAUGUCUUGUUUAUGACAUUUUGUUUUGUGAAGACGUGUGAACCUCAGGAGGUGAUUCAACUCGAUGUCCUGCUCGAGAGAUUUGAGAAACUGGAUCUGCCUGGACGUCUGACGUUUUUCUUUCCAUUGAUGCUUUAGACUGUUUUAUUUUUUUUAAAAAAAAUUGUGUUUGUAAAAGCUAAACCAAAAAAAAAUCCCAACAUUGCUAGAAAUUUCAUUUCCAUCACAUUUUUUGGAUACUCUGAUCUGAUGGGAUGGUCUUGGAGAACGUAGGCAUGACAUUCAGAUCUUCUCAGAUACUUUUUAGUCAAAGGGUGAGAUUAGAACGUUACUUUAAAUAAGAACAGUGAGACCCAACUGAGAUUUUAUUUAAUACUUUGACACAAAGAGUAAUUUUUUUUGCUUUGAAGAGCCUGAACUUGUGUAGAUGCUUCACCUUGAACUUGUUGUUUACUGAGCAGCAGAACUGAUUGGACUCAGACUUCAGAUCUUCUGUUAAUGUGUGUUUGGGGCACCAAAACUUUAAAUUGAAGAAGACUUCUGUGGAUGUUUCAUUUUUCAUUUUUCCAUAGCUAGUCCUAAAGCAAGAAGAAGAAGAAGACGAAGAAGUGGAAGAAGGAGAAGAAGAAGAAGAAGAAGAAGAAGAAGAAGAAGAAGACUUGCUGUCCUGUUGGAUGAGAAACAGAACUGAUUGGACAUUUUUUAUUUCACAUUUGAUUGACAGCGGAUUCUUUUCUUCUGAGAGAGAACUCCAGAAGACGUUCCAAGUGUUCUACUGACCUCCGUUCUCUUUUGCUGAGAGCAGGGUUCUCAUGUAGAACUGUCGUUUGUGGCUGAAUUUAGGACGCUAUAAGGACGUUUGGUCAGUAAUAACGUCAUGUUUGACUACGUGGAGACGUUAGGUGUCGGUUCAAGGCCUCACUUCGACGUGUCCUCUCAGAGUUCCUGCAUGUUGAGGAAGAGGAGCUCUUUCUUCUCUGGUCCAGAAGCGUUCUGCUACAGCGCCGGACUGCAGUCGGUGGAGACUCGCAGUACAAGUUCUGAGGAGAUGAUUCCGAGUUCUCCGUCUCCUCCUCCUCCUCCUCGAGUGUAUAAGCCAUGUUUUGUUUGUCAGGACAAAUCGUCAGGAUAUCACUACGGAGUCAGUUCCUGUGAGGGCUGCAAGGGUUUUUUCCGGCGCAGUAUUCAGAAGAACAUGGUCUACACCUGCCACAGAGACAAAAACUGCCAGAUCAACAAGGUGACACGGAAUCGCUGUCAGUACUGUCGCUUACAGAAGUGCUUCGAGGUGGGCAUGUCUAAAGAAGCGGUGAGGAAUGACAGGAAUAAGAAGAAGAAGGAUGUGAAGGAGGAGGUGGUUUUGCCAGAAAGCUAUGAGCUGAGUGGAGAGCUGGAGGAGUUGGUGAAUAAAGUCAGUAAAGCACACAGAGAAACGUUUCCCUCCCUGUGUCAGCUGGGAAAAUAUACUACUAACUCGAGUGCAGAUCACAGGGUCCAGCUGGACUUGGGUUUGUGGGAUAAAUUCAGUGAACUUUCCACUAAGUGCAUCAUUAAAAUCGUGGAAUUCGCCAAACGUUUGCCGGGUUUCACUUCCCUCACCAUCGCAGACCAGAUCACACUGCUUAAAUCCGCCUGCCUCGACAUACUGAUGUUGAGGAUUUGUACGCGUUACACACCUGAGCAGGACACCAUGACCUUCUCAGAUGGUUUGACUCUGAACAGAACUCAGAUGCACAAUGCUGGAUUUGGGCCUCUGACCGACCUGGUCUUCUCCUUCGCUGAUCAGCUGCUUCCUUUGGAGAUGGACGACACCGAAACCGGACUCCUGAGUGCCAUCUGCCUUAUCUGUGGAGACCGUAUGGAUUUGGAGGAGCCUCAGAAGGUUGAUCGGCUCCAGGAGCCUCUACUGGAGGCGCUAAAGAUCUACGCGAGAAGACGACGCCCCAAUAAACCGCACAUGUUCCCUCGAAUGCUGAUGAAAGUCACUGACCUGCGGGGAAUCAGCACUAAAGGUGCGGAACGGGCGAUCACGCUGAAGAUGGAGAUUCCCGGCCCGAUGCCUCCCCUCAUCCGUGAAAUGCUGGAGAACCCGGAGGUUUACGAGGAGAGUCUUCCUCCUCCCGCCAUCCAGGCCAUUAAACAAGAGAGGGAUGAGCACUCCACCCCUGAGGAAGAGGAGGAUGAGGAGGAUGAAUGCGCAGAGGAGGAGAGGGAGAGAGGAGGAGACAGCGAGGAUGAUGACGAGUGGAGCAUCCUGCAGGUGGACGUGGGGGAGAAGAAGAAGAACACGACGGGUAGAGCGCAGUGAUACAAUCGACAUCUGGAUUUUCUUCACACACACACACACACACACACAAACACAUAAACAUACACACACACACCCACACACACACAGAGUCAGGUCCAAAAGUCUGAGUGCACUAGCAAGAGUUUAUUUCAGCAGUUAUUAAACUCUAAUCAGACAUUUUCCCUCAGAUUUGCCUCAGUAAAGAUAAUCUAGCUAGCGUUAGCAGUGAAAAUGACAAGAAUGUAUGAAUAUAACAUGAAAAUCUUCUCAGAAAUCCUGUCAAAUUAGCUUAUAUUAGCCUGCUAGCUAGCAUUAGCAGUAAACAUGUCUGAAUAUAUCCUCUCAGAUAUCCUGCCAAGCUGUUUGCGUUAGCUAGCAUCAGCAUUGAUGAUUAAAGACAUUAAAUAUAAAAUUCCUCUCAGAAAUCCUGUCAGGUUCGCUCAUGUUAGCCAGCUAGCCAGCAUUAAUACUGAAAAUGUUGAACAUUUAUGAACAUGAAAAAUCCUCUCAAAAAUCCUGCCAAGCUGUUCAUGUUAGCUAGCUUGUUAGAAUCAACACUGAUUAUUAGAGAGAUGUUAGCCAGCUAGUUAGUGUUAACAAUGAAGAUGACAAAGAUUUAUGAACAUUAUUUAUGACUUAAAAUUCCCUCAGCAGGUGAAAAGUAAAUAUUUAUGAAUAUGACUUUUUAGAAAUCUUCUCAGGUUAGCUCAUGUUAGCUAUCCAGUUAGCAUUAGCAGGGGAAAAAAUAAACAUUUAUGAAUAUAACUCAAAACUCCUCUUAGGUUUGCUCAUGUUAGCCAGCUAGCAUUAGAAGUAUGUUAGUUCAUAUAAGCUAGCUAGCAAGCAUUAGCAGUAAACAAUAUAAACAUUAUACUAUAAGAUAAACUGAAUAUCAUGCAGUUAUGUCCUGUCAGAAAUUCUGUUACAAUAUUCCAUAUUAGCCAACUAGCAUUUUGAAAAUGUAUUAAUAUGAUUCAACUCCUCUUUGAAAUCCUUACAGUUAAAGCAUGCAGUUGGCAUUAGCAGUGAAGACGACAAGAAUAUAUGAAUGUAACAUAGAAAUCCUCUCAGAAAUCCUGUCCGUCUAGCUCAA